AACAACCGCCACGUCAGAUUUCCCCGCAACAAGCAACAAAGCGGACACACACACACAAGAUACGACGCACCAUCCAAACGAAAGAAAGAGCAUGGUGGGGUGCCGAGGCUCCACCGUGGCUGGCGCUGCCCUCGUCGCGGUGUUUGUGUGCUGGUGCAUGCUGGCGUGUGCACCUGUGACAACAACGCACGCCGCACGAACCAAGUCGACAACACCAGCAGCACCAACAACACAGGCAAUACCACCACCAACAACGAAGGCAGCAACAUCAACAAAGACAAGAUCACCGUCGCCGUCGUCGUCGCCGUCGUCGCCGCUUGCUGCGUCCACGGCUGUGUCUGUGGUGUCGCCUGGGGCAGGUAACGGCGUGAUCGAGUACGCGAUAUCGUGUCCUGCAACAGAGGACCACCACCUGUUCCUGCCGGCCCGCAGCGACGACGUGGGCGUGUGUGGAAGUGUGAACCGUGGGAAAGGUGGUGAUGGUGGCGGCGGCGGUCAAACGGGCGACCUGACCUCCAGCGCGAGCGUGCGUGACCUCGCAGCACUGUCAGCGCCAGGACGACACCGACGCGGGAAGGGCAGCAGCACGCGCUCGCUCUCAGGCGUUGCAAGGCAAACCAAGGCGGCGACAGCAGAGCAGAUGCUGGCCGACCAUGCGCACCAGCUGAUGAUAGGGCAGCAGCUCAUCAACAACCACCCGAGCGCGCUCGCCGCGACGGCGUCAGAAGAAGACCUCAGGGCAGCGCAGGCGGCCCGCACGCUGUGCGCAGACGAGCACGUGUUUGCUCUGCUCAGCAACGGCAGCUUUUGCAAACUGGACCUUGCCCGACCCUCUGGUGUGGAGUGGUGUAACCAAUACGACCCCAUCGUCGUCACAGAGUCCUUCGAGAACCAGCCAAACGUCGCCAUUGGCUUUGAGGAUGGCUCCGUGUAUUUGGAAGAGAACGGCGCCUUUGCGUCGCUGGGGGUGAAGGUGAGCGACUUUCCGCAAGACUUUGAGGUGGAGGACGUCCGCUUCGCCAAGAGCACAACAUCGUGCAUGGAACGCGUUGGUCUCCACUCUGGUCGCGUCUACAAGGCCUGCCGCGGGCAACCGGCCAGUGGCGACGAUGAAGACGAAGUGUUCAUGCUUCCCUUCACCCGCCACGCCGUUGAGGGCCAGUCCAAAUCAACAGGCCACGUGCUACUGAACCUGACGUGGACGCAGUUUGUGGUGAUGGACCGCGUUCUGCAGCACGAAGACUUACAGGAGGAGGACUGGUACCACAAUCGCGUCUUCUUCGCAACAAACAUCACCCACCUCGCAUUCGGGGACCCAAACGGUGUGCGUGUGUGGGAAGACACAUUUGAUGCCCCUGUCGUCUCCAUCAUCCAACUUCGCGAUGGCUCUCUGUACCAGCUCCCGCACAGCCACUUCAUGUUCGACAACAGCAACACGGCACCGGGCGACAAGCCGCUCAUCAGACUUGUCGAGGCAGCGCCACUGAUUGACCCGAACAACAAUGCGGGCAUGCUGUCCAACUUGGCGGUCCUGUCGCUUCCGGACGAUUCGUCCGUUCCGCUCGUGGCGGAAGUGGACGCCGACACCCGCGAUGCCGGCAUCUGGGUGCGACCGGCGCCCGUGCACAGCUUGAGCAUACUGCAGGGCCAGUGCGAACCAGAUGACGCCUGCCGACAGCCUGUUGCAGCGCUGUACGCGGAAGCGGUGAGGAACGCGCGGCGGCGACAGCGAAUGGCGGAGCACCGCAUGAUUGAAGGGCCAACAGGGUCAUAUCCGCUCGCCCCACACGCAGCGGACACACGCACGGGACAGGGAGCAUUGGCCCCAUCACCAUCGUCGUCGUCGUCGCUGUCACUCGUUUGGUUCAUCGGCGCCGGUGUCAUUGCAGCAGGCGGUGCUGCCACUGCGGUGGUCCUGUGGCUGCGGCGACAACAGGAGCAGCAGCAGCAGCGCAAACGAGAGGAGGAGGCAAACUUGUGGCUGCAAGAGUUGCAACUGUGUCGCGCCAAUCGAUCACACCGGCCACGCAUCGCCUCCGCAGAGCCAUACGAAGGGUUGAGCCUUCACCUCAACCGCCGACUUGGAGAGGGAGCAGAUAACACCAUUGUGUUUGAAGGCUCCUUCAAGCAGGGGGCGGUGGCUGUGAAAGUGAUUGAUCUCCACGAGUUUUCGUCGCCCGAGGCCGAACUGCUCCGCUCCUCACACAGCCAGCACGUUGUCAGGUAUUACUUGGACUUUGAGCGGCAGAAUCUCAAGUUUAUCGUCAUGGAGCGAUGCGUUGGCAACCUGAACACGCUGGUUCAGACGCGGCAGUCGGAUGGGUUUGGGCAGCUCUCCAAACUCGACAUCACGCGCGGCAUGCUGGAGGGCCUUGCAUACCUCCACACCCACGGCAUCGUGCACAGGGACAUCAAACCGAGCAAUGUUCUGAUUGCCGUUCGCCUUGGGCGGCACGUGCCUGUGAUUGCCGACCUCGGCCUCUCCCGCCGCGUUGCAGACGACAAAUCGCUCCGCACAGCAGCUGUCGGCACCCGCGGAUGGCUUGCGCCUGAGGUGGAGCAAGGCGGAGGGCAGGAGGUGAAGAUCACACGUGCAGCGGACAUUUAUUCCGCGGGACGCGUGGUGUCCUUCCUCUACACCAAACGCGUUAAGAUUGCGAGCGACCCUCUCUCGUACGAGGAAACGAAACACCUUCGGCAAGCGCUCAUUGACAGGAUGACUGCCUCGUCACCAGCUGACCGCUUGUCUGCAGAAGAGUGUCUCAAGCACAAGUUCUGUCGACACGGCGAAGAAAAGGCACUGGCUGAUGCACUGCUGCUGAGCAUGAUUGAACCAAACAGGAAACCAACCAUGGGGGAGGCGCAGCUCGCGGACAACGUGAAGUUGUCGCUUCGCGAUCGUCUCGGCACCGGCGCCGCGAACACGGCCGUCUUUGCUGGCCGGCGCGGGGACACGCCUGUGGCGGUGAAGUGCAUAGCGUCGCAGGCCGUGGACGCCGUGCGAGAAAUUGAGCGUCUUCACGACGCCCACAACCACAACGUCAUCAGAUACUACCAGCACCACGUGGUGCAUACGGUGACGUGCAUUGUGCUGGAGAAGUGCUUGUGCAGCCUUUCAGAUCUGGUGCAAGGCGGACGUGCUGGAGCCACGCGUGUGCAGCUGUCGCGGCAUGCGAUUGUGGAAGGGAUGCUGAGCGGCCUCGCAUAUCUGCAUGCACACGACAUUGUGCACUGUGACGUGAAACCGAGCAAUGUCCUGAUUGCUGUGCGCCAUGGCAAGCACGUGCCUGUGAUUGCGGACUUUGGCCUCUCGCGUCGCCUCACGCCAGACGAGUCCUGUCACACACGCAACGUCGGCACGCCAGGCUGGCUGGCGCCGGAGGUUGAUCGGCCGGGCGUGGUGCACGUGACGCCUGCAGUCGACGUGUAUGCGGCGGGAAUGGUCAUCGCCUUCCUCUACGACGCACAAACAGAUUCGUUACAACCGGACGAGCAGCCUUUCAUUGCAACAGCAGAAGUGCGGCGUGACCUCGUGGACAGGAUGACGAGCAAAUUGCCGCAGCAGCGGCCUGCGGUGGCAGCGUGCCUAGCGCACCCGUUUUUCUGGGACGUGUCGGAGGUACAGCAGCACGUGAAGGAGCUCAACGACGACCUGCAGGCGAUCAAGAGGGACGCGGGAGACAAGCGCAUGUCGGACGAGAGGCGUGCUGCGCUGACACGCCAGCUUGACCACGCCAAGGCCACCUUGCAGCCCCUCCAGCAAUCUUGGGCAUCGUGGUUUGAUGAUCCUGUGUUGAAGGAUCACUUGCUUGUUCCAAAGAAGGGGGCAAAGUACAGCACAGACGUGCUGGAUGUUAUUCGUGCUCUGCGCAACAAGGUUGAGCACAUUAAGGAAGUUCCACCACAGGUGUUAUCGCCACUGGAGGUGACGCGAGACAACUUGACCAUCUUCUUCCUCGAGAGGUUUCCUGCAUUGUUGGUGCAUGUGCACUCGCUGCGGGCGUACUUGCAGUCGCAGUAGGCAACCCGUGGCUUCCCCUUGUUACCAUGUCGUUGCGGCGGGCCUUCUGCACGGCCUAACCAUCGGCACUUAAGCCUCCUGCCCCAUCAUCUUUUUGCGCUGUUUUUGCUUCUGGCAUGUGCUCCUUCAACCACGCGCAUAAGUGCGGAAGCAUGCAAGCAAGCGUGGCGUGGCGUGGCGUGGGCGUUGGCGUGGGUGCAUGUGUCUCACGUCCAGAACAACAAAGCCAACAAAGCAAAA